AAAGCUUUUUUUUAAUGGUUUUUUUUUUUUGAGCGUUAGUUUUCGUUUCCAACUGGUUUUUGUAGGGACAGAAAGUCAGAAUAACAGUUCUUCCUCUUUUCAUUAUAUGAAAUGUGUAAGUACCCGAUUUUGCCCUAACACAAGGAAAGUAAUAAAUACGGCGGUUGUAUAUUCCGGCGUACAACAUGCCGAUCAAAACUAAUAUGAUAUACUCUCUAAUAUGUACAGAAUGCAAUGCUGCACUUACCGAAACCGAUGCUCUAAAUAGAAAAAGUGCACGACGAUUCGAUUCUUGCCUCGAUAUCUAUCUUUUUAGGGCUAAAAACUUUGAACUUCUAUUAAAAAAGAAAUAUCAUGUGCACCGGGGCACGGUUUGUUUUAAAAUAAUAAUGGCACCAAUCUACAACUAAUAACACAAGUUAGCCAUAGAUAGCAGCAUUUAUUACAAAAAAAAAACAAGGAUACUCUGUUUGACCCGCCUACCCGAUUUUACCCAACUUUCUACUACUUAGACUAUAAUUGCUCAUUAAAUUGUGUUAAACAUACAAAAUAUGUUAAUCACAAUUAGAAUGCUAUUUUAUUGCACUUUAUAAAUAUAUCUAGCAUCAUUAUAUAUUUAUUUAUAGGUAAUUAUAUGGGAGAAGAGCUUAUCAAUCAUAAUAAUUUCAUAUAUUCCACCACGUAAGAAACAAUUUUAUAUGUUGUUUGCAAUUGUAUGUACAUAAUAAUAUAUGUAUAUGUAUAUUUAUCAUAUUUUUCAAAGGUACAAUAUUCGAUGGUAUAUGCCGCCAUUACACGUACAGAAAAUGAUACUUUUUAUUUUGCAAAGAGGCAGUCAAGCUUUCCAUCCAAAUAUUGCCGGACUGUUUGCACUAUCACUAAAAAGUUUCGCUAUAGUAAGAAUUAUUACAUGUCAUAAAUUGAAAUAUUUACAGCACAUUUAGCAUGUUUCAUGUUGCAACCUAAGAGAUGUAUUUCAUUAUUACAGCUAAUAAAAGCAUCGAUGUCUUAUUUCACCGUUUUAUGUUCUAUGCAGCAAUGAUGCGAAGACAUAUUAUCUGAUCAAAAUGGGCCUGAUAAUAUUUCUGACGUUUAAAAUAGUAAAAUGUAGAAUUAUUAAAAUUAAUAGUUAAAAUGCCACUUUAAUAAAUUCUGCAUAAAUUUAAUUAUACAUCCUAAUCAGCGUUUUGUUUUUUGAUUGUUGCACUAUUUAAAUAAUUAAGAAAUCGCAAAUUUACAAUAAUUUAUUUUCAUAUAAUAGAUGCCUAUUUUAUAUUAUAAAAUAUGUACAUCAAGUGGGAUGUGUCCUGAGAAAGUAUGAAACAAAAUGAAUAAUAUAUUAUAGAAUAUUAUAAAAUUAAUUUUUUUACAAAUGUACAGAAUUAAUUUGUAUAUUUUCGAACGAGUACAAUAACAUUAAUUUCUGCUUCAUAUAAAACGGUAAGUGAUAUAUUACAGGAAAUCUAGUAGCGUUAAAUGUAGAUAGAAUAUGAAUUAAUAAAACAGCAUGCAUGUGUAUUUUAAUUAAGAAAAACGAUUAUCCAGUUUUGCUUAAUAUAAAAUGUAGAAAGCUCUGAAUCACAGUUCGGUACCUUAUAUAUUGAUGGCAAUUAGUUUUAUAAUUUGCCAGCGCACGUAAGGCGGAUCGACUCUGUUCCUUUAUACUUUAGAAAGACAAACUCCUUCCACGAGCGCACGCACAAGAAUGAAGCACAUGAAACUGUAUUGCUUGAAAAAAGAGCGAUUGCGCUUGCGCCGAUCGAUAAGGUACGUGAUGAUUGUAUGUUUCUCUGUAUGAAAUACUCAUUUCUUUAAUUUCUCUUUCUCUCUCUCUCUCUCUCUCUCUCUCUUUAUAUGUAAAAUUGAUCGCUUAAUCACCACUUCACAAAAUUGUUAAAUUACAAAAGUUUCGUUUCCACAUUAUUGUGUGCAGUUUGAUAUUUAUUAUGAAUUAGAUAAUUUAUGACAAAAUUUAUUCUAAAAAUACGGUAUGAAUUCAAGAAUACUUUAUUUGAAGAAGAAAAAGGAAGGGAUAGAGGCGAAUCUUUAUUAAUUUCUCCGCAGUCCAGUUUCUAUGCUAGUACAGUAAUGAUAUGCGUGAAGUCUCAACAUUUUGAUCUUAAUCGGAUCCUGUUACUUGCAAUCGGCUUAUGGCCAUAUCAAAAAUCAAAAUUUAGUCAACUUCAAGCAACUUUGUGUUUUGGUAUUUUGACAAGCUUUGUUGUAUUUCAGUUCACAGCGUUGAUAACCACAAAAUGUACUGCUGACUUUAUCAUCAAAAUUUUUUCUUCCACAACAUUCUUUAGUUUGUACAUAAUAAAGUACAACAUGUUUUGGAUUAACACUCAUCAUGUGAGAAAUUUGUUGGAGCAAUUACAGUAUAUCUGUAAUGAGCUAAAAGAUGAAAACGAACUUGCUAUCUUUAAAAAGUAUGGAAAUUACACAAGAUGUUGUACAGUCAUAUUUACAUCAUUCGCAAUAUGCAGUGCAUUUAUUGCUACUUUACUACCUAUUUGGCCACAGAUCCUUGGUACUGUCUUGUACAUAAACGAGUCUCAACUACAGAGUCAGACAAUACAAAUCGUGACUGAAUACUUUGUCGAUCAACAAAAAUAUAUCUAUUUAAUUAUACUGCAUACAAACGCAGUUAUUUAUAUUGGGGCGAUUACAAUAACAGCGACAGGAACAAUGAUCUUAGGAUGCGUCAUACACACCUGUGGAUUGUUUACUAUUGCAAAUUAUCGUAUAGAACAAGCAAUGAGAACCAAAAUACUCGAAAAUAUUAACCUGAAUAAUCGGAAUAUGAUCUGUAAAAAAAUAUUUUAUGCGAUCGAAAUCCAUCGCAAAGCUAUGAAAUUCAUCAACUUUAUGUUAUCUAGUUUUGAAGGCUCGUUUUUGCUGUUAAUAGCGAUAUGUGUAAUUUCUCUAAGCCUGAAUAUAUUUGCGAUCUUUUGUAAUGCAUCGCUUGGAAAUAAAGAAGCAUUUAUAUUACAUCUGUUAUUUGUACUUGUCAUCUUUUUAUAUAUGUUUAUAGCUAAUUAUGCUGGGCAAGAAAUUUUAAAUUACGGUACUCAUAUAUACUCCACCGCGUACAAUGUUCGAUGGUAUAAUGCACCAUUACACGUACAGAAGAUGAUAUUGUUGAUUUUACAAAGGGGCAGUAAAACUUUCGGCCUAAAUGUUGCCGGACUAUUUGCAAUAUCAUUAGAAUGUUUUGCCAUGUUAACGAAAGCGUCGACGUCUUAUUUCACCGUCAUAUAUACUAUGCAGCAAUGAUGUAAAAAUUCAUUAUUUAAUAAAAAUCGACCAUAAAAUAUUAUAUUUCCCACAUUUGAAACUGUAAAAUGUUAUUUCAAUAAAGUUUGCAUAAAUUAAAUAACACCAGAUAACAGCAUUUUGUUUCCUGACUGUUGCACUGUUUAAAUAAUUAAGGAAUCACAAAUUCACAAUUAUUUUUUUUAGAUAAUAGAUAUCUAUUUAAUUUUUCUAUUAUGAAAAACAUAUACACAUCAUGUGAAAUGUGUGUUGAAAAAGUAUGAAACAAAACGAAUGACAUCUAUUACUCUAAAAUUAAUGUUACAAAUGUAUACAGAAUUGACGUGUAUAUUUUUGAACGAGUACGAUGAUAUCAUAAUUUUUCAUCAAUAUCAAUAAGUGAUAUAUCAUAAGAGAUCUAAUAAACAAAAAUGUAAAUAUAAUAUAAAAUAAUAUAAAAACAUGCAUGUGUUUCAAUUAAGAGAAACAAUUAUUGAGUAUCGCUUGUUACAAGUGUAGAAAGUU